AACAAAAUGCAGAAGCAAGUGGAGGUCAGGAUGGGCGAAAACCACCUGGAGCCAAUUGUGGAGACCCCCGAUUAUCCAUGUAGUAGUCUCUGUGAAAAGAUAAUGAAGAACAUGGUUCUCACUCUCACAAUCCUCGGUGUGUUUCUUGGUUCAAUUGCCGGAAUGCUUCUGCGUCACAUAUCACCUCUCCCUCCUGAUGUUAUAAUGAUCAUUGCCUUCCCUGGAGAGAUCCUUAUGAGGAUGCUGAAGAUGCUUAUUUUGCCUCUUGUUGUUUCCAGCCUAGUUACAGGACUUGCUGGUUUGGAUGCCAAAUCCAGCGGCCGUUUGGGCACCCGGGCUAUGGUGUACUACAUGUCUACAACGGUAAUUGCAGCAGUCCUGGGAGUGGUCUUGGUGCUGCUCAUCCAUCCGGGAAAUCCCAAGCUGAGGGCCAAUCUCGGGCAGGGAAAGAAGAACGACGAGGUGUCCAGCGUGGAUGCUUUCUUUGAUCUUAUCAGAAAUCUUUUCCCAGAGAACCUUGUGCAGGCCUGCUUCCAGCAGAUCCAGACAGUCACCACCAAAGUACCAGUGCCCACUAACAGGACCAAAGCACCUCCACAGUUCACAAUCAAGAGGUCACUUCAGUUCAAAAGUGGAAUGAACGUCUUGGGUUUGAUUGGAUUCUUUGUUGCUUUUGGAGUCAUUAUGGGGAAAAUGGGAGAGAAAGCAAAGCUAAUGUUGGAGUUUUUCAACGUCUUGAAUGAGAUUGUUAUGAAACUUGUCGGCGCAAUUAUGUGGUACUCUCCUAUUGGUAUCGCCUGUCUCAUCUGUGGAAAGAUCAUCUCCAUUGCUGAUUUGGAGGUGGUUGCAAGGCAGCUGGGGAUGUACAUGGUGACUGUAAUAGUGGGUCUCAUCAUCCACGGAGGCAUUUUCCUUCCACUAAUAUAUUUUGUGAUAGUUAAAGAGAACCCCUUCACGUUUUUCAUGGGAAUAUUCCAAGCCUGGGUCACAGCACUUGGAACAGCGUCCAGUGCUGGUACCUUGCCUGUCACAUUCCGAUGCUUGGAGGAGAACCUCGGCAUCGACAAGAGAGUCACACGCUUUGUCCUCCCUGUGGGUGCCACAAUCAACAUGGACGGCACAGCACUUUAUGAAGCUGUGGCUGCCAUCUUCAUCGCUCAGAUGAAUGGAAUCGAGCUUGAUUGGGGUCAAAUAGUUACUGUGAGUAUGACAGCCACCUUGGCCAGUGUUGGAGCUGCCAGCAUCCCCAGUGCUGGACUUGUGACCAUGCUCCUGAUCCUCACAGCAGUGGGGCUGCCAACUCAGGACAUCAGCCUCCUGGUUGCUGUCGACUGGUUGCUGGAUCGUUUCCGAACUUCUGUAAACGUGGUUGGCGACUCCUACGGAGCAGGCAUCGUGUACCACCUUUCCAAAGAUGAACUCGACAGCUUUGACGCCCAGCAGACCCGUAUGGAUGAGUUUGAGAUGGCAAAGACACAAUCCUUUUUUGAAAACAACACCAACCAGACUGUAUAUGCUCACCACAACUCAAUCUUGAUAGACGACUGCAAGGUCACCAUGGGCAAAAAUGGCAACACCCCAGAGUUCUCCCUUGUUGAGGAGGAGCCAUGGAAAUUUGGGUAAAGCAGACUCAGAUGUCACUACACCUUACCCCGAGUUUCACCAGCUUUAACUUUCUGA